GGUGGGCUCUUUGGCCGAGGUGGCUGGUUCUUGCUGCUGCCUGCUGCCACCCCUCCCCCUCCCCUCUCUGGGCUGGGGGUGGGGCAGGCAGGCAGAGCCCAGGCCAUUUUGGGGCCCUGGCCGGCCUUCCUCACUGUCCUGGGUGGGGCUGGCGACGUGGCUUUCGCUUCUGGGAACCCUAGCUGGGCAGCAGUUCUGGGAAGGCUGCUGCCCUGUGGAGAAGUGUAUCCCCACCCCCCUGCCAGACCAGCUCAACCGAAGCUUCAGGCCAGCUUAAGAUUGUGGAGUUUCAGGGGUCAGCAGCUCCGGAGGGAGGUCACCCGCAGCGCCUGCUGUCCCGGGCUUCCUUUCACAUGCCUCUUGUCACAGGAUGGGCUGCAUCCUGUCUGCUGAUCCAACCUCCCACCCCCUCCACGUCGGUUUGCAGCCAAGAGACAGAAGAGGAGCAGGAGGCCUGCACUGGGUUCAGGAAGAGCCCCGCUGGGUCGCUUCUGUACCGCUGCUGGCUUCUGACAUUUCAAGACUCGCCACUCAUCUCCCCCCAGAUAAAAAGACAGGUGCUGUAGGAUCUCCCAAUGGGGUGGCUUCACUCUGGGCUCACGUUUUCGGCGGGCUGUCUGAUCCUGGUGUGGGCGGCAGGCUCUGGCUCCAGCUGUUCAGAGGUCUCCUGUGUCUCCCCAGGGAGUGUGAGGGUCCUGCAGGGGCCCACCUGCUUCUCCGACUACAUCAACAUCUCCACCUGUGAGUGGGAGAUGGCCCGGCCCACCAACUGCAGAGCCGAGCUCCGCCUGUUCUACCAGCUGAAAUUUUUCUACUUUGAAAACCACACGUGUGUCCCCGAGAACAGAGCUGGCACAGUGUGCGUGUGCCAUAUGCAUAUGGAUAACGUGGUCAGUGUGGACACCUACCAGCUGGACCUGUGGGCUGGGGAGCAGCUGCUGUGGAAGAGCUCCUUCAAGCCCAGUGAGCAUGUGAAACCCCUGGCGCCCAGAAACCUCACUGUUCACGCCAACACCUCCCGCACGUGGCUGCUGACGUGGAACAACCCGUACCCUCCUGAGAAUCACCUAUACUCCGAGCUCACCUACCUGGUCAACAUCUCAAAUGAGAACGACCCCACGGAUUUCAGAAUUUAUAAUGUGACCUACAUGGGGCCCACCCUCCGCUUUGCAGCCAGCACCCUAAAGUCUGGAGCUUCCUACAGCGCACAGGUAAAGGCCUGGGCUCAGAGCUACAACAGCACCUGGAGUGAGUGGAGCCCCAGCGUCAAGUGGCUUAACUACUACGAGGCGACCUUGGAGCAGCGCCUCCCACUGGGCGUCAGCAUCUCCUGCGUCGUCAUCCUGGCUGUCUGCCUGUCCUGCUAUGUCAGCAUCAUCAAGAUUAAGAAAGAAUGGUGGGACCAAAUUCCCAACCCAGCCCACAGCCCCCUCGUGGCUGUUGUCAUCCAGGAUUCUCAGGUGUCACUGUGGGGGAAGCGGUCCCAAGGCCAGGAACCAGCCAAGUGCCCACACUGGAAGACUUGUCUUGCCAAGCUUCUGCCCUGUUUACUGGAGCAUGGCAUGGAAAGGGAUGAAGAUUCCUCCAAGGCUGCUAGAAAUGAGUCUUUCCAGUGUCCUGGAAAAGUAGCAUGGCACCCCAUGGAGGUCAACAAGACAAUCCUCUGGCCAGAGAGCAUCAGCUUGGUUCGGUGCGUGGAGCUGUUUGAGGCCCAAGUGGAGAAUGAAGAAGAGGAAGUGGAAGAAGAUAAAGGGAGCAUCUGCCCAUCACCCGACAGCAGCGGGGGCAGCUUCCAGGAGGGCAGGGAGGGCAUCGCAGCCCGGCUGACAGAAAGCCUGUUCCUGGACCUUCUCGGGGGUGAGGAUGGGGGCUUUAGCCCACAGGGCUUGGAGGAGUCCUGCCUUCUUCCACCUUUAGAAAAUCCAAGUGCUCAGAGGCCCUGGGCCACGUUCCCAAGUGUGGGGCCCCAGGAGGCAUCGUCUGAGGACAAGGAGCCUUUGAACCCAGAGUCAAGUCCUCCAACCCAGAGCCCAGCCAGGCUGGCUUUCCCAGAGAUGCCCGGCGUCAUCGCGGACAACCCCGCUUACCGCAGCUUCAGCACCUUCCUGAGCCAGUCCUCAGGCCCUGGAGAGCUUGACUCAGACGCACAGCUGGCCGAACACCUGGGGGAAGUGGACCCCGGCAUCCCCGCCGCCCCCCAGCAAUCUGCACCGCCCACCGCACUCCAGCCUGAGCCAGAAACGUGGGAGCAGAUCCUGCGCCAGAGCGUCCUCCAGUGCAGGGCGGCCCCGGGCCCCGCCUCGGCCCCCAGCAGUGGCUACCGGGAGUUUGUGCAGGCGGUGAAGCAGGGCGGUGCCCAGGACAGCGGGCUGGAGGGCUUUGGCCCGUGUGGAGAGGCUGGCUACAAGGCCUUCUCCAGCUUGCUCGCUGGCAGUGCUAGCUGCCCGGGGACAUCUAGGGUUGAGCCCAGCAGUGGGGAAGGGGGCUACAAGCCCUUCCAGAGCCUCACUCCUGGCUGCCCCGGAGCCCCUGCCCCAGUCCCCAUCCCCCUGUUCACCUUUGGACUGGACGUGGAGGCCCCUCACAGCCCUCAGGACUCACUCCUCCUCCCAGGCAGCACCCCAGAGUGCCCUGGUUUGGAGCCAGUGGUCAAGGGAGAAGACAGCCAGAAGCCCCCGCUGUCCCCGGAGCCGGCCGCAGACCCCCUCAGGGAUGACCUGGGCAAUGGCAUUGUCUACUCAGCCCUCACCUGCCACCUGUGUGGCCACCUGAAGCAAUGCCACAGCCAGGAAGAACGUGGCAAGGCCCACAUCAAGGCCAGGCCCUGCUGUGGCUGCUGCCGUGGGGAUGGGUCCUCACCCCUGGAGAGCCCCCUGAGGGCCCUGGACACCCAGCUCGGUGGGGCUCCACUGGAGGCCAGCCUCUCUCCGGCCUCCCUAGCACCCUUGGGUGUCUCAGAGGAGGGUAAGUCCCCCCUGUUCUUCCAAACUGCCCCCAACAAUGCUCAGAGCUCAAGCCAGACCUCCACGGUGGUGGCCACGCUCUCCCCAGGGCCCAAGUGCAUGGACGCUUCCUAGGUGCAUGCCCCCUUCUUGCUGAAGUCUACAGGUGAGGACUGGGCCUUACCCGUGACUGCGAAAUGCCUCCCUCCAGAAGGCAGCCAGGCUGGCAGUGUUCCGAAAGACUCAGAGAACCCUGGUAUGAAGUUGUGAAGUCGUCCAACACUGGGGCUACGGAGACCAGACGCCCCCGGCUCCCAACAUUGGCCCGGGCUCGCCACGUCCCAUAGGAGUGGAGGGUGCCAGGCAGCUGUACCCACAGCAGGCACCUGCAGGGAUCAGAAGGUUCCCGGGCACUUUGGCUUGUGAAUGAGCUGUUGGUCAUUUCAUGGGUCCACAGCUGCCCCAGUGGACUAUCCCUGUCUCGCUCAAGGUGUGUUUUGUCCACCGAGUUGCUCUGUUACCCAUGUCUUGCCCAGGCCUGGGGUUAGCUGCCGCCAUCUCACUGGAUUGGAUGCUGAGCCUAGAAGCUAACCAAGCCAAUGGGAGAAUGACUUGGGAGGCCUUGGGAAACUGAGGUCCAGAAAGGGUGGUCAUUUGCCCAGAGACGCCUGUUCCUUUAACAGAGGUUGACACUGGCAGCAGAGUCUGAGCUGCGGAGGGGCGCUUAGUCAAGUGGAGUUAACGAGGACACGAAAAAUUGUGAUUACCGAGCAGUGACAGCUUGCUGCCAGCUUCCCACACAGCUGUAAGGUUGGGGGUUCCUGUUAAGCACUGGAUCCCCAGAACAAGCAUGCCUGGUGACCUUGGGGCCGGUGUGUGCCCCCAUGCAUGCCGUUGCUGGCAUCGGUGGUUCAGAGGGAGUGGCUCAGCUCUCCUGAUCCAGCGAGCCGGGCGUCCGAGAUGCCGACACCAGGCACGUCGCCUGCACCUCGGCCCCGACCUCAGGUUGAGUAAUGCUUGUUUGUUCGUGUGCUUCUCAAAAAUAGUUUCAUCACCUGGUGUUUGUGUUUGCCGAGGAGGGUAGAAUGGGAGGGGAUGGAGUUUUGUAUAAAUAAAGGUUCUUUACCUCCUUCCCCACCCUCCCCACCCCAUUUAUUAAACAAACAUACUGCCAGGCACUGUUGCGAGUGCUUUAUCUCUAUUAAGUCAUAGAAUCCUCCCAUCCAGAGGUACUGAGACCAACCCAAGAGGUUAAGUAACUUCCUAUCUGCUUGGGUUUCCCCAAGACCAGGAUUCAAUUGCAGUUUGUUGAAAUAGGUGACGAUUCCAGGAAGCCCUGCUUGGAGAGUGGGGAAAGGAGGCAGGGAAGGGCAGGAGGCAAUAAAAGGUGUUAUCACACAGAGUGCCGGCACGGGCAACAGAUGCUUCACUCCGCCGGGGAGCUUGGGCAAGCCAGGCACAGUGCAUGCCUAGAGGCGGGGAGCUGGCUGUUUGUCCACCAACUCUCACCUGUCAUUGGUGGAGGGCUGCUGCCAGGGGCAACUCCCCAGCACUUCCAGCUGCUCCAGAAAAAAUUCCUCAGAUUGAGAGUUGGAGGGGGGCGGGGAGAAGCGGUGUUUGUUUGAGCAGCUUUGGGCACCUGGAGAUGUGGACAGGGCUGUGAUGGCAGCUGCUACUUUGCCAAGGUCACACAGCUAGUGGCAGACCCGUAGCUGAGCCAUUGCUCAGGCUCUUUGUAGGUGAUCUGUGCUUUGACAUCUGGGCGGUCGGUGUAAGGAGUGGGCCUCAGACAGGCAGGCAGGGGAUCUUAAGCUCCUUUUGUCUGCGAUCACUCUGUGUCUGAGUAGCCGCCCUGACUGCCACGCUUGCAAAAUGAAGGGCUUGGCUGUUUGAGGUUCCUUCCUGCCCUGGCAUUCUACGCAAUACAUUGCAGAGGUGAUGGGGAGCUUACUACCUCACAUGCAACCUGAUGUUUGUGAGAACUGCCUCCUUUGUGCUGAGCCCAAAUCUAUCCCUUUAGCUGCCUGAGUCACCACCCCACACCCACGGUUUGCAGAUCAGGGAAACUGCUCUAGAGAGGAAAAGGAACUUGCCAACGUCACACAGUGAGUGGUAUAACCUGAACUAGCCCUCUGGACCUUUUGUCUUCAAGAUUUCUUUGUAAUAAAAUAUAAUAAUUUAAAAUAAAAAUAACUAGUUAGAACCAAGCAAUUUGCUUGGUGUCAUACAUGGACGGUGUCACAGCUCUCACGAGCAGGUCAUUAUCCCAAUUUUACAGAUAAGGGAGCAGGCCCAGAGAGGUUGAGGUUUACCUUAGGGCCACACAGCUGGGAAGUCCGGGAGCCAGGAUUUGAAUCCAGGUCUGAUUGCAGAGUUCCCAGCCACCAUGGUGUGCCAUCUCAUGUACAGCAUGGCACCGACUCGAUUGUCAGCUCUGAUUAGCCUGCGGGUCAUCUCAGAAAAUCAGAUUUUAAAACUAAGCAGCCAGGGAAUUCCCUGGUGUCCAGUGGAUAGGACUCGGUGCUUUCACUGCCGUGGCCCAGGUUCAACACCUGGUUGGGGAACUAAGAUCCCGCAAGCCUUGCGGGGUGGCCAAAAAUAAAAUAAAAACUAAGCAGCCAACAGAGAAAAUAUAUUUGGGUGAGUGCUGGAGAGCUGGUUGGAUUGCAAGUCCAACAGAAUUGAGACUGACUUAUUCUAUCCCCAGGAUCUUAGGAGGAAGACACCCAACUUGUCAGCUGAGGCUCGUAUUACAGAAUCCCCUGGGCUUUGGGAAACUAGAAUGGAGAACUCGGCAGAGACACCUCCCAUCUCUUAUCCGGAU